AUGAUGCUUGGUUCCCUCCCGGUGAUAGAGCCUAGGGACUCUCACACAUUAUGGUACUCAUCCUCGCAUACUGACCGAUCUACCUCCAACACCUCGCAAAAUGGGGCCGCCAACGGACAUCCGCAACCUGCCCGCCGAAAUACACGCCCCCCUGCCAUGGCAUCUCCUCUUUUCUCAGCAUCAUUUGACCCGCUCGCUACUCUGCUAUUAGAAGAACGUGCUCUCAGAUUACGAAAGCAAAAUAUUGCCUCCUUUGGAUACUCAUGGAUCCGGCCUGCGGGCUUCUCAAAGACGAUGAUGGGUAUUCGAGAAGAGGAGAUGGAGUGUGAAGAGGGUGCUGGAGCUGGAGCGGGGGAAGGAGAUAUAGAGGAAGAAGAGUUUAUAGAAGGGGUCGAAGGCGGCGAGGGUGGUGGCAUGGGGCUAGACGGUCAGGGAGGUGGUGGUGACGGUGAGGAGGGUGGAGAUACGGGUAUGGAGAGAGAUUUGGACGGAGAUAUCCCUGACGGUGAUGGGGAAGGGUUUGGACUUGUGGAGGAUGGGGAGGAGGCGUCCGCACGCCUGCUGGAAGAACACCGAACAUGA